AUUCAAUGUGAGGCAUUAGACUCAGACGUUCAGACUCACAGGAAACACAAGAAUUUCAAUGGCAAACUCCGAAAGAUCUUCCAGGAUCUUGAGAGCAAAAUAAUCACAUUUCUGAAGAACGAACUGAAAAAGUUUAAGAAAUUAUUACAAAAAGAGAACACACAACACUUUGUGAAAGACUUUAAUGAGAAUGGAUGCAGUACUAAAGCAGCAGCACUUGAUCUCACACUACAUUACCUGAGAGAGAUGAAGCAAGAUGAAGCUGCUGAUGCUCUAGAAGAUGAGCUGCUCUUCAUUAAUCAGCUCAAAUGUGGCCUAAAGAAGAAGUAUCAACGUGUGUCUGAAGGAAUUGCGAAGCAAGGUGACUCCACACUUCUGAAUAACAUCUACACAGAUCUCUAUAUCACUCAGGGUGGCAGUGAACAGGUCAAUACUGAACAUGAAGUCAGACAGAUUGAAGUUGCUUCCAGGCGUCAUGAAUCUCAAGAGAUACAGGUUAAAUGCACACAAUUGUUUGAAGCUCCUGAACAAGACAAGGAGAUCCGAACUGUACUGACAAAAGGAGUCGCUGGCAUUGGAAAAUCAGUCUCUGUGCAAAAGUUUGUUCUGGAUUGGACUGAAGAAAAAGAAAAUCAAGAUAUCCGCUUCAUAUUUCCUCUUCCAUUCAGAGAGAUGAACUUAAAAGAGAAAGAAAAACUAAGUUUUAUGGACCUUAUAACUCAGUUUUUCCCAGAGACAAAAGGACUGAACCUUACAAGAAGGAAUCAAUUCAAAGUCCUGUUCAUCCUUGAUGGAUUGGAUGAAUGUCGUCUUCCUCUGAAGUUUGAUUGUAAUGAGACAUGGCGUGAUGUAUCGUCACCAGCCUCUCUGGAUGUUCUCCUAACGAACUUCAUGAAGGGAAAUCUGCUUCCUUCUGCUCUCAUCUGGAUCACCACCAGACCAGCAGCUGCCAGUAAGAUUCCUCCUGACUGUAUUGACCGGCUGACAGAGAUACGAGGAUUCAAUGAUGCACAAAAGGAAGAGUACUUCAAAAAAAGAUUCACGGAUCAGAAUCAGGCCAACACAAUCAUUGAUCAUGUUAAACAAUCAAAGAGUCUCUUUAUCAUGUGCCACAUCCCAGUCUUCUGCUGGAUUUCAGCCACUGUUCUCCAGAACAUUCUGGAGGAGAAAAGAAUUAAUGAUGUGAAAAACAAUCAGGCUGAUGAGAUCUCUAAAAGACAGCAGGAAUCAAAUACUGAAGAUACUCCCAAGACUCUGACACAAAUGUACACACACUUUCUCCGCUUUCAGAUCCAGCAGAGCCGCCGAAAGUAUGAUGGAGAAUACACAGCAGAUGUUUCCUGGGAUAAAGACGCCAUCCUUUCACUGGGAAAACUGGCAUUUCAUCAGCUGGAAAGAAACAACGUGAUCUUCUAUGACACAGACCUGGAAGCCUGUGGUAUUGACGUCUAUAAGGCAUCAGUGUACUCAGGCAUGUGUACCCAGAUCUUUAAGGAGGAAACAGGGAUCACUCUUGGUACCAUGUACUGCUUUGUUCACUUGAGCAUCCAAGAGUUUAUUGCAGCCCUUUAUGCACAUCUGUUUCUAGACAUCAACAAGAAAAGUGUGUUUGACCAUGAGUCUACAGAACAGAAAAACAAAAAUAAAAUCAUGAUUGAUUUUCUCAAGACUGCAGUGGACAAGGCGCUCGAGAGUGACAAUGGACACCUGGACCUUUUCCUUCGCUUCCUCCUCGGUCUGUCACUCCAGUCCAACCGACGACUCUUACGAGGUCUGUUGACACAGCAAGAUGACAAUGACCAGAGCAACAAGGAAAUAGUUCAGUACAUCAAGCAGAAAUUAGAAGAUAAUCUGCCUGCAGAGAGACUUAUCAAUCUGUUCUACUGUCUUAAUGAACUGAACGACCAAACUCUGGUGAACGAGAUUCAGACCCAGCUUAGCAAAAGAAGUCUCUCAUCUGGUGACCUUUCACCUGCCCAGUGGUCUGCUUUGGUCUUUGUGUUGCUGACAUCAGAGGAAGAACUGGAGGAGUUUGAUCUUCAGAAAUUCAAGAAAUCAGACGAGUGUCUCAUUAGAUUAUCGGCAGUCAUCAAAACCUCCAGAAGAGCUCUGUUAAAUAACUGUAACUUAACAGACAAAAGCUGUUCAGCUCUGGCUACAGUUCUUGGAUCAGAUACUAAUCUGAAAGAGCUGAACAUGAACAAUAAUAAACUGCAGGAUUCAGGAGUGAAGCAGCUCUGCACUGGACUGAUGAAUAUAAAGUGUAAAUUGGAGAUACUGAGGUUAAGCUCCUGUUAUAUGACAGAUGAAGGUUGUUCUGCUCUGACUUCAGCUCUGAAAUCAAACCCAUCACACCUGAGAGAGCUGAACCUGAGCAGGAAUUAUCCAGGAGAUUCAGGAGUGAAAAACCUCAGUGAUCUACUGAUGAACCCACAAUUCAAUCUGGAGAAACUAGAUCUACUGAACUGUGGCAUUACAGAUGUUUCUUCUUUAACUCAGUAUUUGACUAAAUCAAAAGCACUGCAGUUUUUAAAAGAUCUUGAUCUGAGACAGAAUAAGAUAGGAGACUCAAAGCAGCGGCUCCGUGACGUGCUACGAGACUCAAACUGUGACCUGAGAGUAGAUGGAGUUUAACCGCUAAACGUCCCUGAUGGAUCGUUUACAUCAGUUUAAUCUGUGAAAUGAUCAUGAGAGGAUCAGUGACCAUCAGAUGAUCCACAGAAGAGUCUCUACUGUGUCUAUGAGGAGAAAUAAAUGUGUGAUUAAUGUGUAAAUGUGUUUCAUACAGGUGGAAGAU